UUUGUAGGUAGGUAACAAAAAUUUCGCGGGCGUAAGCAAAGAAAAUUGUUAUAAGUUAUUUGAUAGCUGUAGCGUAUUGUUCCGCUUAACAAUUCAUCGCCGUUUAUAAGUCUGUAAUGUUUAAAAAUAAUAAAGUGAACAUUUUACAAUGCAUUCAAAUAAAGAUGUUAAUGGAUGGGUGCUAUGCCCGUCGAAAAGUUUACCCGGGAAAUAUUAUUACUUCAACGUAGUAAGUGGAGAAGCUGUGUGGAGUCUGCCUGAUGCUAAGGUUCCCCCCAAUAAUGAAAUUAAAAAUGUUGCUGAGAAAUCGCACAGUUUCCCAGAACCAGAACCUAUUAAAUAUAAAGACACAAACACUGCACCUAACUUACAAAAGUCUAUUACCAAGAGUACAAUAAACAAACAUGCCAAUAGGCUAAUGUUUGGUCAAAUCUCAUUCCCUGAAUAUAUGCCAAAUGUGAUUAAAAGUACUUCCACAAAUUGCAGUAACUCUAUAUUUAUGUCAAAUAAUAAUGAAAAUAGACCACUAUUUGGUCAAGGAACAAAGGUUGUUUGGGCGCCACUCCCACUUGUGGUUUUGGAGCAAAAUGGAACUCAAACCUUGGACCAAGUUACACAAACUUGUGAACUGGAUAAUAUAAUUGUGCACUCUUGUGACAUCCCUUUAUCUAAAAGAUUUAUCAAUUAUGAGAAUAUAACAAUACACUUUUCAGAAAAAAAUAAACUUAUAAGGGAUAAAAUUAACACCUCUACUCCAAUCACAGCAAAUCCAACAUUUUUUGAUCCAAUAAAACCAACAGUUGAACAAAAAAUAAGGAAGAAACCUCUAAUCAGAGAUGCAAUUUUGGACUUAAAAAACCUAAAAAUUUCUGAUACAAAAUAUUCUGGGACAUCAACAUCUAAUUUAUUCUUACAAAAUCAAUCUGAUAGGAAAACACAGAAUAUUUUCCAAACUGAGAAAAAUUCUUUUGCUGGUUUGAAUUUGGAAGUAAAAGAAAAAAAGGUAGCCACAAAAAAGGAUGAUGACCAGUUAGACAAGAGCGAUUUGAGAUUAUUCUUGAUGGCCAGAAAAAGAAGGUACACAGAGGGAGACAUCAGCACAGGUUCUUGUGAAAGAAAAAAAAUUAAGCUAAAAUACACAGAGGAUGAUGGAGAACUUGAGACUCCGAAGAAACGAGUUACCUUCGCAACAAAUAAUACAAAGGUUAAUACUCACAAAGAGAUUUCACAUGAAGGUAUUCUGACUAUACAAACUCUGAGGAAUUUAGCGCAGUCCAGUUGCAGACAAGACGUCUGGUACAUAGUGGUGGACAUGGACGUUUUACUCGAAAACUUCGAUUUCGUCAAUGACUUCGUGUUGUCAGAUGAAACGUGUCGCCUGCUGAUCCCGGGCGCGGUGCGGCGCGACGUGGAGGCGCGGUGCGCGGGCGCCAGUGCGGGGCGCGCGCGCGUGCUCGCCGCGCGGCACGUGGCGCGCGCUCUGCGGGACGCGCCCGCGCACCUCGCUCUGAGCACCAACAUGGCGGACGGGGGAUCAAUAGAUUUCUUCAAUGACACCAACAUGCCUACCACUGAUGGUAUACUAAACUGCUGUUUGCAAGCUAUGAAUCACAAAUAUCAUGUGGUUCUGUUGUCAAACGAUGAGGAUUUAUUGAAGAAAGCGUCUGUGCUAUAUAUCCACGCAUACAAAUUUGAAACAAUAAAAGAUCCAACCAAUAAACCUAAUGGGGCACACGAUACAAACACAAAUAAAUCUAAUAUGUUUGUUUCAAAUAAAUUUCUAUCGUCUAGAUCACACAAAAUGUUCCAGAACAUUCCAGGGUUAAUGGGAGAAAAGGUCGUGAAUGCAAACCGACCAAAUAAUAAAAGUAUUUUUGACGACGACAGUGUCACUACAGAAAUGACUUCCGAAAUUAAUCGCGUUAUACAGACUCUUAAAACGCAAAAUCAUGUUCUAAAUUCAAAUGAAGAAAACACCGUUCAAAAAAAUAAAAAUCCGUUCCUUUUUCAAAAACCCUGUUCGCUUUCGUUACAAAAUCAAACAAAAGAUGCCACGAAUAAAAACCAAUAUCCCGCUGAAAAUAAAAUCGCAGCCCAAAAAGCGGAGUUGCAAAGGCCAAACGGAAAUAUUAAUGUUCCAAAUUCAAAUAAAAACAACAGUAUUGAAAAGGACCAUGAAAGAAUAAAACACAUGCAAAUGUCCGUCGAAAGCAAUUUAAGAAAUUUUUGUAUUACAUACAAGGCGAUGGAAGGCACUGUAACAGAGCGCAUGGAGGAAUGGACGUGUAUAUUUACACAGAUAAUGGAGAACGCGUUGUGUUACGUUUUACAGAAAUCAUCAUUCCGAGCGGAUUUAAUCUUGCCUUGGACUGUACAAGAAAUGAUAGAGAGAUUAAAACAGUUGUACGAAGAUCGACUUAUGUUAAAUGUUGUUGUCGAUAAAAUGUUAUUGUGCAUGUCGAAAUGUAUGUCAGAUAGAGGUAAAAUAAAUCCUGACAUAAAAGCACAAGUGUUUAUAAGAACUAUUGGGUGUGGAAUACUCCUGAUACAAUGUUUAAAGAGUCUACAACCGGAUUGUGAAGAAUUAUCAAAUGCGAAACAAUCUUUGAUAAACCUCUUGCGCACGAUAGAACACCCGAUGGACAUCGAGUUGAACAAUACUCCCAAAACUAGUCACAGUUACGUAGAUGAGAAGAGACGGAAUCAUAUAAAACAACCGUCGGAAAUUAUAAGAUAUUUGAAGCAACACUACGAGGACUGGAGGGGCUACGAUGAGAUGCAGCAUCCGGAGCCUAAGAGGUGUAAUAUGACUACAGAUCAAGAAACCCAAAAAGUGUUUAGAAUCUCAGGCAAAAAUCUCAAUAUGUUACAAAUAGACAAUAAGAACACGAUGACUUUUUUGAAAUGUGCAGAUAAAUCUGAAACAAAUACUUUAGAAUGUAUUUCAAAGAAUCCGGAAAGUAACAAUGUAGGAAAGAACGCGGACAUUUCGGCUGGACCGGAAUUAUUGAAACAUAAUAAAAGACCUUUAGAAUCAGAGAAAAGAGACAAUUCAACAAUUAUAAAAGGUCACAAUAUUGACAAUAAAUCUAAUUUAAGUAAAUCCAAUUCAAAUAGCAUGUUAAAUCAUGGAAAAAUGCCUAUAAAUUAUUUGGAUGUCUCAUUUAAUGAUACUUUUGAUACGACAAAAUGUGUACCAAAAGUAACAAGACGCGUUAGUGUCAUUGAAGAAUACGAAAAAAGAAUAAUAAGAAGGCCAUUAGACAUGGAUGCUUUAGAUUAUUCCGAUAUUAAUGAUUAUGAAAAUAAUAACGAUACUACUCUAUCUAAUAAUACGCUAAGAGAUGACUCAAACGAAACUCAUGUAAUCGAUGUAGGUAAUCACUCUACAAAUGUUGAUUAUGGAAAAAGUGAUUCUGGAUACAAUCAUUCUCAAAAUACCAAUGAUAUAACUAACAUGUUGAUAAGUGAUAAUGAGAAGAAAACCUCUAAUACCAAAGAUUCUGGUGUGAAUAAAGGCGCUAAUGUGGUGGAAAACGAUUAUAUAUCAAUAUCUGACUAUUCUACAGCAACCCCAAUGAAAUCUUGUGUUACAAAAACAGCAGAAAAAAAGGAUUCUAGGAAAACUAAAAAUGAUUCUAAUGAUUCUGGAGGGAAUAAAACAGACCAAACCACUAAAAACGAUCAUAUAUCUAUAUCUGAUAUUUCUAUAAAUAACACAAAUGACGAUACCAAUAAUAAACCAAAAAAUAAUCCAAACGUUCCCAAGAAAACAAAAACUGUUAAAGAUUCUGCAAAGAAUAAAUGUGAUGUGAGAAGAAAAGGUGAUCAUGACGUAUCAGUGUCGGACACAACGAGUGACAGUGGGAUAGGAAAGGAUAGUCACGUGGCGUAUUCCUUUGUUAAAAUGUUUCUUUCUCAAUUAAGCUGCACUUUUAUAAAAACACAUGCUUUUAUGAUCGAAAACAUGGAACCUUUACGCGAGCAAAGACUUUCGGACGCCGAGAAGACUUGCCUACACGAGAAAAUAGGCAAGGGGCUGAAGCAUAUGGGUGACAUUAUAAAUAAAUUGAAAAGUACAAUCGAAAGAGAGUCUAAUGAAAACCUCACUCUAUAUACUCUACUUAGUAAAGACCAAGAGGCGGCGAAGGACGAACGAAUAAUUAGAUACAGGGCUGUGUUAAGAAAAUGCCUAGAGCAGGCUCAAAACCUACAGAACGCGAUGAAGAUCAUGCACUCGAUAACCGACGCGAACUGGGACGGAUCUCUGUGCGACCCAGCGGAGUCCAUCAGCUCCAGCAUUACAUACCUCAAUAUAUUUGAAUGAAACAUUAGUGUAUAAUGGUAUGGAUGGAUAGCGAGGAUUACAGUAGUUUUAAUUAACCAAAUAGCUAGACUAAAUCAAUGAUUUCAACACGUAAAGUAUUAAUUUAAACAUAGUUUGUUUCGAUAUCUACUUCUUUUUUUACUUACCUCUUAUAAACGAGGUUCAUAUUAUGUAUGUUUGUAUUGAUAUAUUGGUACAUGCAUAGUAUACAAUUCGAUUAAAGGAAUAUAUCGGUUUCCCGAACACCUGUGUGGGCCCGUUCGAGUAUUACGUAGGCAGAAUUUUAGUAAAUUUUAUACCAAACCCCCACCUCCACUCUCGGCCCCUAGUCAGCUAAAAUAAGCAAAGGUCUUACACCCUUGGUAAUGUCUUGCUUACAUAAGCACAAAUAUCAGCCCUGUAUUAUAUACUGUCCCACUGCU